CGGGCGCGUGGUGAAAGCAUCAUCUUCUUUUGGCAAUGCGGAGGGUGCGCAGGUUAAGUAGCAGGUGCACCCAGCGCAGCCUUUGCAAAUGCAGCACCAGAUUCUGCUAGGGCUCUGAUACUAUGGUGGCUAUGAUCGAUCUCAACACCGUCGACGACGACGAGACACCCUCGUCUGGGUCGUCGUCUUCCUCCUCCUCAUACGCCUCUGCUUCUGCUUCCACAGUUUGUGGUUCUUUGUUGUCGGCGGCGUCGUCGGUAUGUUUGGAGCUGUGGCACGCGUGUGCUGGCCCGCUCAUAUCGCUUCCGAAGAAAGGCAGCCUUGUGGUGUACUUUCCACAGGGCCACCUGGAGCAGCUUUCUGAUUAUCCGGCCGUAGCCUAUGAUCUCCCGCCUCACGUCUUCUGUCGAGUGGUUGAUGUCAAGCUCCAUGCCGAGGUAGUUACGGAUGAAGUUUACGCACAGGUCUCGCUGGUUCCUGAAACCAAGAUUAAGCAGAAACUGCAGGAAGGGGAAAUUGAAGCAGAUGGUGAAGAAGAGGAUAUUGAGGGUUCUAUCAAGUCCAUGACACCCCACAUGUUCUGCAAAACUCUUACUGCUUCAGAUACUAGCACCCAUGGGGGUUUUUCUGUCCCCCGCCGAGCUGCAGAGGACUGUUUUCCUCCCCUGGAUUACAAACAGCAGAGACCUUCACAAGAGCUUGUGGCCAAAGAUUUGCAUGGCUUCGAAUGGAGAUUCCGGCAUAUCUACAGGGGGCAGCCAAGGCGGCAUUUGCUUACUACUGGUUGGAGUGCAUUUGUAAACAAGAAGAAGCUUGUGUCUGGAGAUGCUGUACUCUUUCUUAGGGGUGGGGAUGGAGAACUAAGACUGGGAAUCCGAAGAGCAGCUCAAAUUAAAGGUUCGUCUCCUUUCCCAGCUCUUUGUAGCCAACAGUUGAAUCUCAACACCCUUACAGCUGUGGUCAAUGCUAUAUCCACAAGAAGUGUUUUCAACAUAUGCUACAAUCCGAGGGCUAGCUCAUCAGAGUUCAUAAUACCCCUCCGUAAAUUCUCAAAGAGCAUUGAUCAUUCAUUUUCUGCUGGGAUGAGGUUCAAAAUGCGUGUUGAAACAGAAGAUGCAGCAGAACGAAGAUAUACUGGACUUAUAACUGGGAUCAGUGACAUGGAUCCUGUUAGAUGGCCUGGUUCUAAAUGGAGGUGCCUAUUGGUAAGGUGGGACGAUAUAGAGGCUAAUCGACAUAACAGGGUUUCUCCAUGGGAAAUUGAGCUAUCUGGUUCGCUUUCUGGUUCUGGCAGCUUGACAGUUCCUGGCUCAAAGAGGACCAGGAUUGGUUUGCCGGGAACUAGACCAGAUUUUUCAGUUCCCAAUGGGAUGGGAGUGUCAGACUUUGGGGAAUCUUCAAGGUUCCAGAAGGUCUUGCAAGGUCAAGAAAUUUUUGGUUUUAAUACUCCUUAUGAUGGUGUUGAUACCCAGGAUCAUCAUCCAUCUGAAAUAAGGUGUUUUCCUGGUUCAAGUUGUUCUGGGAUUGCUGCAAUAGGAAAUGGUGUUAGAAACCCUCUUGGGAAUUCUGAUAUUUCCUAUAAAGGCAUAGGCUUUGGUGAAUCUUUUCGAUUCCAUAAGGUCUUGCAAGGUCAAGAAACAUUUCCAAGCCCACCAUGUGGAAGAGCUCUGUCUGCUAACCAGGCUCAUGAAAAUGGUAGCUUUGGAAUCUUUGAUGGUGUUCAAGUGCCGACUUCUAGAAAUGGAUGGCCUGCCCUUGUGCAGGGAUAUAAUGCCCACACUCACCUGUCCACACCAUCAGUGCAAGUGUCGUCACCAUCAUCGGUGUUAAUGUUCCAGCAAGCAAGCACUGCUGCUCCUAACAUUUACUCAAUGCAUAGCGCCAAUAAUCAGGAGAAGGAGCAAGAAAUUAGUAACCGGAGUUCAUUUGAUAUUCCUGAAGUGUAUGGUGAAAAGCUCACACCAUCACGUUGUGAGCUUAGUGUCAGGGGAGGAGGUCAGGGAGGUAUGAAUUUCUUUGGUCUGUUAAACGAGCAUAAUCAACUAGCUGUUCCACAUCCUCUUGUAACUCAAUCAGCAUUUAGAGGCAGUCAAGAUUUAGUUCCUACAUGUAAAAGUAGCUGCAGGCUCUUUGGCUUUUCCUUAACUGAGGAAAGAAGCAUUGGAAAUAAAGUGGACAACCCCACUCCUGUUACAUCUUCAUUGAUUCCUGGAACCUCUUUUCUGCCCCAGCAGUUGCACUCAGAGCCUCCAGUGAUGACCAAGGCAAUUGGAAGCAAUUGUACCAAAGUAAGUGACUUCUAUGCUGUAAGGGAUAUGCUUUUUGAUAUUGCGCUGUAGCGUACUGCUGUUGUAAGAUCAAAAUUGCAAUUUCACAAGCUGGGGAGUGUUGUAGACCAGGCAAUUAAUCACUGGAAGCUUGAUAGGCAUGAUGAUUUGAUUUGUGCAUUGAAGCAUUUAUUUGAUAUGGAGGGAGGGCUUCUGCAUGGUGAGGGAAAGUUGUUUACCAGGAUCAUGAGGAUGUUGUGAUGCUUGUUCGAGAUGACUCAUGGCAGGAAAUCUGCAGCAUUUGAUAAAAAAUUAUGAUAUUUACUAAUGAAGACGUAGUGAUGGCACCAAACAUAGAUGCUUAUAGUUGCUGAGAGGCACACAGGGCAUCAUUGAUAUGUUUUUAGCUCUUGGGCGAAAGAACUGUAAUUAUUUGCCAUAACAGUAAUGUAUCUUAACCUCCCUUGCUAUGGAGAACAAUUUAAACUAAUUUACUAGGUUCCUUGGAAUACUCAGUUAAGAAAUUACUUUUAAAACUGUAUCAAAAUAUUACUCUAUGUUGUUCAUCAGUUGUGUUACUGUAUUGCAGCUAUUGCUUCUGUAUCUCUGCUUAACAUUGUUGGCUUAAGGCUGUUUCCCAGCCAUGAUUUUUAGAA